AUGUGGGCAAACGACAUUAACCCCCACGAAUCUGGAAUAUCGACUAUACUGCUCUAUCAAAAUCGGAAAAGGCGUGCUAGAAGCUCGUCGCCAGUCUCUUCGCCCAUCACCAAGGGUACCACACCCGCCGCUGGUGUCAGGAAGACCUACCAAGGCCUCGGACCUCUUCGUGACGACCCAACAUCAGCGCUCUGGGGUUCCUACAACAUUAUUGGGACAGACGCUAGUCCAUCUCGCCUUGCGAAUCCAUCACCUGCCGAUCUGAUGGUGUCUUCGUCUCCUCGCCCCGCCCGGGAUGGGAUGGCACCUGGCAGCCAACGGUCUUUGAGGAAAACACUCAGUCUGGGCCGGAACUGGCCCAAGAGACGGAAGCUUGGGGGACUGGACGAAACAGAGCUUGGCACCCGAACGAACGCCUCACAGUCCAAAUCGGUCAUGGUUGAAGAAAUGUUGAAAACCGUUGGUGGUGAGCUUAGUAGAUCAUUCGAGGUCCAAGCCCGAAAGUCGUCCUCACAAGGAUCGCAAACUGUCGACACCAGCAGAAGCCGAUCUCCUUCACGAGAACCUCCUACAAGUUCUCCACUCGCCCAGAAGCUCUCCAGAGUCGCCCCGGACGCCGCCCCCGCAAGAAGUAAGACUUCCUCGGACUACGGCGAUGACGAUUUCGACGAUGAUACUCUCAUGGAGCUUGACGCUACAAUACUUCCUACGAAAGAGGUCGACCCUCCAAGGGAGGAAGUCCCAAGCGCCAAACCACAGCCAAAAUCCGCAGCUGACGAAUUCGACGACGACGAGUUUGAUGAUUUUGAUGUGGAUUUUUUGGAGGGCGCAGAAAAUCUCAUUACACAAAUAGAAGCACAACAUGCUUCCCAAAGUCAAGCCCCAGCGCAGCAGCAAGCCCAGCCCGUUCUUGAUGACGGUGGGGGGGAUGAUGAUGAUGGUGCAUAUGGGGGUGGCUUUGAUGACGAUGAUUUUGAUGAUGCCGACUUUGAUGCGAUGGAGCUAGCCGCCACACAAGGGGCAUCUGCCCACGCCCUGCCAACACAUGUACGUAUCAUACGUCAAAAGCCAAAAGCUAUCCAGAGGUAUUUGAUUACAAAUGUGCUGGAGAGCUCCUAUGUCGAUGACCGUGGACGUGAAUCCGAGGAAAAGGUCCUUUGGGUAGAGCAUGAGGGCACCAAGACAACAUACAUGGUCCAUCUCAGGGGUGACUGGGUUGAUACACAGGCCAACCCCAAAGCCUAUGUUCAUAUCAUUGGUGAUUUUGAGCCUUCUCGCCGAUGCAUCAUCGACAACAACCACAACAUCAUCAUUUUGCACCCAGACCAGCUCAUUUCCUCGACAGUGAUUGCGGAUUCUUUCACGUGCAUGCGACGUGCUGUCCUCCAGGAUCGCGUCAAGGCAACCAGCGAAGCGACGCCUGCUCUGGUCUAUGGUACCAUUCUCCACGAGGUGUUUCAGGCGGCUCUGAUGGCCAACGAAUGGACUAUGGACUAUCUGCGGGAUGUCAUCGACAAGACGCUCCAGAAGCACAUGGAGGAUAUCUAUGUCAUCAAGGUCAGCAUGGACGAUGCCCGCAAUCAUCUUGUUUCGAAGAUGCCGGAGCUCAGGUCCUGGGCCCAGGCAUUUGUUUCUGCGGCACCCCAGGCGAAUGCCAACGUUCAAGGACGAAACGGCGAAAAGAUCAACAUGUGUGUCAGCAAGCUUUUGGAUGUUGAGGAGCAUGUCUGGUCUCCCAUGUAUGGCCUCAAAGGCAACAUUGAUGCGACAGUGCAGGUCACAAUGCGCGAAGGCAAUGUCUCACAGACGUUGACUGUACCUUUUGAGGUCAAAACCGGAAAGAACGCCACCGCCAACCACCAGGCUCAAACUGUCUUGUACAAUCUGUUGCUGUCGGAUCGAUACGAUAUUGAAAUCGCCUACGGUAUUCUGUACUAUAUGGAGACGUCGCAGACUCUCCGAAUUCCCGCCAUCAGACAUGAGCUUCGGCAUAUGAUUAUGCAGCGCAACGCGCUGGCCUGUUAUAUCCGCGAAAGAAGUGUUCAGCUACCGCCCAUGAAGAGAAGCAAGAAUGCUUGCGAAAGAUGUUAUGCUCGGACGUCCUGUUUCAUCUACCAUAAGCUUGCCGAUGGUGGAAAUGGCGACACGAGUGGGCUGAACGAGAAAUUCGAGGCUGCCGUUCAACAUCUUUCUCCGAGGCAUCAAGAGUUCUUUUUGAAGUGGGAGGAUCUCUUGACCAAGGAAGAAAAGGAAAGUCAGAAACUCCGCCGCGAGCUUUGGACUAUGGUCAGCACCGAACGCGAGAAGGUCGGUCGAUGUUUUGCUAAUGUCAUCAUCGAGGAGGGCUCGGCGUUUGAGGAUGAAAACCAGGCCAAGAUUAACCGGUUCACGUACACGUUUAUCAAGGAGAGUCCGGCGGCUGGGUUUUCUUUCAUGGACUCGCAGCUUCAGGUUGGAGAGCCGAUUGUUGUGUCUGACGAGCAGGGGCAUUUCGCGCUUGCGUUGGGGUACGUUACGGCUGUGAGGAAGCAAAGGAUUAGCGUGGCGGUUGACAGGAGAUUACAUAAUGCCCGCAUUCGACAGCCUGGGUUCGACGAGGUGGAUAAUCAGGUGUUUGCGAGUAUCAUGGAGGUGGCGCCCGAGGGGGCAGCUCCGGCACAAAGUCAGGGGAAGAUCAAAGAGCCCCCUAUUCGGUACAGACUCGACAAGGACGAGUUCAGCAACGGAAUGGCGACGGUGCGGAAUAAUCUUGUUCAGAUCAUGACGAAUGGUCCUCGGGGCUUUCAGCGGAUACGUCAGCUUGUGGUAGAUUUGAUACCCCCCAGCUUCAAGUCUGCUCCCACUCAGUAUUCGGUUCCGGGCAAGAACAGCUUGAACGUCGACCAAAAGGCAGCCGUGGAGAAGGUGAUGAGUGCCAAGGACUACGCUUUGGUUCUGGGCAUGCCCGGUACUGGCAAAACCACUACCAUCGCGCACAUCAUCCGGGCUCUCAUCGGUCAAGGCAAGACGCUUCUUCUGACGUCGUACACCCACACCGCUGUGGACAAUAUUCUCCUCAAGCUGAAAGACGAUAAAAUCCCCAUUCUGCGUCUGGGAGCGCCAGCCAAGGUUCACCCCGAGGUUCGCGACUUUGUUACUCUCGCCAGUCAACCCAUGUCCUCGUUUGACGAGAUCCGCAGAGCCUGGCAUGGCACCCCUGUGGUGGCCACCACCUGUCUAGGCGUCAACCAUCCCGUCUUCAACGAGCGGGUAUUCGACUAUUGUAUUGUGGACGAAGCAUCUCAGAUCACCCUGCCCAUCUGCCUUGGCCCGAUCAGAAUGGCCCGCACUUUUGUUCUCGUCGGUGAUCACAACCAACUCCCGCCUCUGGUCCAAAACAACGAGGCCCGGAUUGGUGGUCUUGAUGUCUCCCUCUUCAAACUCCUCUCCGACGCCCACCCAUCCUCGGUGGUUAAUCUCGAGCAUCAAUACCGCAUGUCAGAAGACAUCAUGACCCUUUCCAACACGCUCAUCUACAAAGGCAGACUCAAAUGCGGGACUGAAUCCCUCGCAACGCGGAACUUCACGUUCCUCAUAUCGAAACAUCUGAAGCAGCGGCAUCAUGACGCGGAGACCUUCUCUCAGAAACCCCCCGCCGGCACCCACUGCUGCCCUGCGCCAAAACCAAACAGCUGCUGGCUACACGAUCUCAUCACACCCUCCACCCGCGUCAAGUUUAUCAACACUGAUCUCCUCCCCGAUAGCCAGGAGCAAGCAAAAGGCAACCGCAUCGUCAACCCCACCGAAGCGAAAAUCAUCACCCAGCUGGUCGAUUCCCUUGUUUUGGGAAGCACCGGGGGGAGAGAUGUCGAGAUGCACACCGCCGAUCGUUUUCAAGGUCGGGACAAGUCUGUUAUUUUACUUUCUCUCGUCCGCAGCAAUGACUCUGGCUCCAUUGGCGAGUUGUUGAAGGAUUGGAGGAGGAUCAAUGUUGCGUUUACCAGGGCGAAGGUCAAGUUAUUGGUGGUAGGGAGUAAGAAGACGCUUUUGGGGGAGGGGUCAGAGCAACAACAGGGACAAGAAGGGGAGAAGGACAUGAUCAAGCGGUUUGUGGAGUUGAUGGUGCAGAGGCAGUGGGUGUAUGAUUUGGGGAGGGAGCAGUUUGAGGGGCAUUAUUUUUCGUUUGUGGAGGAUUAUUUGAGUCCGGCGAAGGGGAGGACGCCGGUGAGGAGGUCGGCGGUGGUGAAGAAGAUGGUGGAGGAGAGUCCGUUGAAGGGGAGGAAGUUGAUAGAGAGGUUUGUUGCUGGGGGGGUGGGGGUGAAUAGGGUCGGGGAUAGGAAUAAGGAGAAUAUUAGGGGGGGGGUGUCGAAGCAGCCGACGAUGGGGAGGAAGAGGAUUGGGGAGAGGAUGUUGACUAAGGGGGGGCCGGUGGUGAGGGAUAUUUUGAAUGAGUUGAUGGGUUAG